AUGGUUGCUAAGAAAAGAACAGGCCUCAGAGCGAAGGCAGCCAGACUAUCGAAUGUAGAAGCAGAGAGGGAUGAAGAUGCCCGGGUAGUGUCAGAGUUACCUCCUGAUCCUAAGGCUUUCUUGCACCAACACAGGGAGACGAAGAAGGAGAAGCUACAGGCGAAGUCUGAGAAUUUUAUCUCAAGGAUAACGGAACAGAAUAAAAAUAUGUCUGGUAUUUCGAAGUCAUCUCUAAGAAGAAGAAAACGAAAGAUGAGAGAUGAGUUGAAGCCCAAGAUGGAUGAUUUACUCAAUAGUUUACAGCAAGAAGGUGUGCUUGAUGAUGAAGAAACGACACCAGGGAAUAAGGAAGAGGUUGUUUCGGUGACGAAAGUGACAAAAUCUGCAGCAUACGGGUCUGUUACUGCGAAUAGCACUGCUGUUAAGGGUCAGCUACGGAAGAAUGAACCAAACAUCAAGAAUCAAAAGGGUGCCAAACUUUUAGCCAAACAAGAGUCAAAAAGAUUUAACGAAGUACUUGCAAACGAGGCAUUCCAAAAGAGUCCAUUUGAAGCUUUGAAAGAAGCAAUCAGAAUGCGUCAAUAA